UCUUCUAUGACAGCAGCCUGAUCGGUGCUGGUCGUCUGGGUCUUUAGUAUUAUUAUUACUACAUCAAUAUUAAAUUCUGAUGGCGUAAAGAGUACGCCCGGUGCAGACUUCCCCCUUGUGAUAUCUGCUUGACAGGAGGAGCACAGCAUCAGCACAAUGGCAGUGAUGUUCCUACACCUCAGAGCUGGGCUUUCAUUAAGCCAUCUAAGGACGUGUUUACAAAUCAGAACCUGGGCCUUCCCAAAAUGGAGAUGGACUAAUAUUUCCAUAAGGUAUCCGAAGCGAACACCCAGGUUCGCCCCAAUGCAUUCCUUGCCCAAGGUCACUUUUCUGUGCCUGGGGAUUAAAGAGUUAACAACAAAAGCCCUGUGUGAGAUGCUGGGUCAGAAUCAUACUGAGGGGGUCUUGGGUUCGGGGUCACGUGUGAGUAAGAGGAGUGCUCCUGGUCUCCUGCAGAACAUCAGUUUUAUUAUUCGUUUAACCCUUCGUGCUUCUAUGUUGUUCCUUAAGUUUGCCCCUCUGCUGCUGCUCUUCCCACUCACCUUCCUAUCUGCGGGGUUUAGCUUUGUUUGGCUUCGUGUUCUGUUAAAGGCAACAGAGACAUCAGGCCCUGCGUGUAUCAAGCUUGGCCAGUGGGCUUGCACUCGCCGUGACCUCUUUUCAGAGGAGUUUUGUGUGAUGUUUUCCCAGCUUCACGUGAAGGUGCCUCCCCACGCGUGGGACUACACGGAGCGCUGCCUGAACAGGGCCUUUGGGGAGGACUGGAGAGAGGUGCUGAGUUUUCCCAGCCAUGAGCCUGUGGGGUCUGGGUGCGUUGCACAGGUGUACAGGGCCUCAGCUGACCUCACCAGGUUCACUCAAUUCCAACCCGUGCUGGAGAACGCUGAGCAAGAGUCUGCAUUUGAGGCCUGGGAAGUAUCAGGGCUCUCAGGGAUGGUUGGUCGGUUCUGGAGAAAAGGAAAGAGCAGAGAAAGAGAGGAAGAAAUUCUUCACAAACCUGUAGAUAACCAGACAGCAAAUAGCUCAGAGACGCCUCAUCUAAUUCCUGUAGCUGUAAAAGUUCUACAUCCAGGCCUUAGUCAGCAGGUACAAAUGGACCUUCUCCUCAUGAAAACCUGGAGCCGACUGCUUGGGAUGAUCCCGGGGCUCAAGUGGCUGAGUUUGACUGAGAUUGUGGAGGAGUUUGAAAAGCUGAUGAGCCAGCAGAUUGACCUACGGUUUGAGGCCAGAAAUCUGGAGAUUUUCCAAAAGAAUUUUGAAAAACUGGAAUUUAUAAAGUUUCCCAGCCCGCUCCAUCCUUUCAUCACUAGGAAUGUUUUAGUGGAGACUUUUGAGGAAGGUGAGCCUGUGUCCGUUUACCUACAAGAGCCUGACACUUCUCCGAUCAAGCAGCGGAUAGCCAAAAUGGGAUCGGACAUGUUGCUGAAAAUGGUAUUUGUAGAUAAUUUUGUCCAUGCGGAUCUUCACCCUGGAAACAUAUUAGUGCAAGGGACUGAGCAGUUCAGCUCAGGUAACGUGGACCAGACCACCCUGGUGGACAUGUGUGACACGCUGAUUGUGAACGUCCGUCCCAGCCGUUGCCCCCUCAGACUGGUGCUGCUUGAUGCUGGGCUUGUGGCUGAACUUCAAGAAGAAGAUCUGCAGAACUUCAGGGCCGUGUUUACUGCUGUGGUGCUGGGACAGGGAGACCGCGUGGCUGAGCUGAUCCUGCAUCACGCCAGAGACAACCAGUGUAGGGAUACGGAGAGAUUCAAGACAGAGAUGGCGGAACUGGUGAACGAGGCCCGGAAGAACACUGUGUCUCUGGGCAAGAUACAAGUUGCUGUUUUGCUUUCUCGAGUUUUCCGACUUAUGAUGACGCACAAGGUGAAACUAGAGAGCAACUUUGCUUCUAUCGUGUUUGCUAUUUUGGUAAUGGAAGGACUUGGUAGGUGUCUGGACCCCGAUAUGGAUAUACUUGAGGCUGCCCGGCCGCUCCUUGUGAAGAGUGCCGCGUCUCUCCUAAUAUAGACAGUGUGAUUCAAGGGAAUCGUGUGGGACCAAUCUCUGAUGGCCUAGAAACAUUCAGCGCGAAUACUGCCCUUCUCAUUCUAUACGGGUAUAUGAUGAACUUUACUUGAAUGCAACUAAAACAAUGCAUUUUUUUUCUUUAUGUUGCAGUAAUUGUACAGUAUGCUUUUUUAUGGAAGAUUUUUACCAUUUUAACAAUAUUUAAUGGCAAAAUAUGUGUUCAAUCAUUUUGCUGUACACAAUAAUUCCAUAUGGCGUUUAAAUGACUGAAAAGAGCAUUGAUAAUACUAAAGUGAAUUAUCGUGGCUGACAAACUGAAAGCAGAAGCUGUUUUCUGAGCACAAAAAGAGACAUUUGCACUUUUAAGCAGAACUUUCAAGGAAAACAGAAAAAAAAAACAUGGCUACAAGAACGCAAGAGACAGCACAAGUGACAUUUUAUGUUUACAGGGAUACUAAAUAAUUAACUGUUUAAUUACGAAUGUUAUGAAAGCUAGAUUUUGUAGUCUGUGAUUUGCAAAUUUAAAACAACUUUGUCUUUAUGUAUAAUCUCCAGUUAUUGUAUUUGAUGCAGUAGUUUCUGGCCGACAAUCACUCCAUAAAUUAUAUUAAAGGGCCAUAAAACCCAAAUGUUUAAACACUUGAAA